AUGCAUGUACGAUACUUACAGCACCGACGUCAGGGUACACUGCAACGGCUUCCGAUGCCUCGUAGUGGAACUGUUGGCUCAAUUCGAGGCAAUAUACGGUCAAUGGAUCCGUUAUCAUCACCAAACGAUGACGACAAUGAAUUAGAAUCAAUCCCAUUGCCAAUACAAACAUUUUUAUGGCGACAAACAAAUCCAUUUUUGGGUGCAAAAAUUGGCAAACUUCAUGAAGCGUCAUGUGUGGUGAGUGUUUCACUGGUUGCGAAAUCUUUGGAAAGUUGUGACACGUUUGAACGGGUCGUUGUACAAAAUAUACUUCACGGACUUAGUCCAUCACUCUCUGAUGCUAUUAAUUCUGUUUCACGUUGGCGUUUAAUACGUGCAACGUUUCCGCAUAUUGUGCAAUGCUGUGCAUCGUUAUUAUCCGAAGCUGUUGGCCGAGAUAAUACACCGAUGAGUGGAUCAUUGGUGAAAAUGUUGUACAUACUGCAUUGGCUUCUUCUCGAUUCAGCCAAUGAAUGUUAUGAUGUUGAAAGCAGAAAGAGUGUAAUCGAGUCGACCGAUUUUCCUGUACAUGCCAUACGACAAUAUGCAUUUUCGAUUAGCAGUAUACAAUUAUUCGUGUAUAUGAUUACUCCAUUAUUGAAUGUGAUCAAUGAAAAAGAUUUGACAUCAAAUUUUCGCCUAGAAAGUGGUUUAAAAAUUUGGCAAUCGCUUUGGCAGUACCGUCAACCGGAAGUGUUAUGUUUCUGUGCUCCAGUAAAACAGCGCCGCACACAUUUUCCAUUUAUAACAAUCACGAAGAAGACAGAACCGAUCUCUGCAGUUCAAGGAAUAUAUCUUGGUAUAGGCGAUGCAAACGAAACAAUGAUACGACGUUUAUCAAAUGUUCCGGCGCAAAUUAUCAAUCUUCCGCCAUACACCGAUGUACCACCACCCAAAUCACCCCGUCCCAACUUAACAGUUCAUUCAAGCUUGAAAAAACAAAAAGAUGAUGGAGCUAAAGUUGUUACUGCUCAAACAAUUGCGACCUCACAUAUUAAUCGACAACAACAACAAGAAAUAUUAUCUGGAGAAAAGCGCAUUCAGCAAUCAACUAAUUUGGAAAUGGGUCGGUCAAGUUCAAUUGUUCGAAGUGUUAGUGAUUAUCAUACAAGUGAUAUUCCACAAGUAUUUACAAAAAGUCACACUACAAUAUUUGAUGAGAAAUCACCAAGUUUAUGCAAAGGUAUGGCAGAGCUUGAUGAUGCACUCAAUUUUACGGAUGAUAAAUCUCUUAGCAAUGCAAUGAAUGACGCAGAAGUAUCCGAGGAAAAAGCACCAUUAGUAAUAUUGCAAGAAAUAUGUUCCGGUAUUUCAGCGGGCUUUGAAAAUGUUUCACAUAAUAAUUGUGAGAUAAUUUGUGAAAGUUGUCAUUCAGUAGCGUACCGCGAUGGUAUAGCAGUGAAUGCUUGUAAGUGCAACCGUCAUUCGGUCGCUUCAUACCUCAGAAUUAUUCCCGUUAUUUCCACAUGCCAUUCCGAUACAAGUUCGCCGGAAUUCAAGCAAAAUACUGAUAAAUUACAAAAAGAAGCAAAAAUCUCAACAGUAAACGUUGGAACAGUCAUCAAAUCGGUACCAGAAAAUACUUCAAUUGAACAAGUGAAAGUAUUUGAUCCAUUAGAAAAUAUUUCAGAAGAAUGUGAUACUAUACAACAACAGUCAUUUGUUGAUCCACAAGAAGCAACGUACAUGGACGUAGCUGUCAUACGUUGUCUUCUAAUUAAACAUUGGGCUGAAGAUGGCGUUUAUUGGGCAAUAAAAUAUUUAUUGCAUCGUUUAUUCGAAAUUAAAAUGUAUCGAAAUUUACGAACUGUCGCGUAUCGUUCACGUGCUAAUUCGGUGCCCAGUAUUCCACAUUUGAAACUCUUCUCUACCAAAAUGGAUAAUCGAAAAUUUUUGAAAGAAAUUCAAUAUCGUCCACCAGCUUGGGAUGAUUUACAGUUAGAAGAUAUUGCCAAAAAGCUGGAAAAAAGUAAAAGUAAUAGAAGAGAAGAGAAAGUUUCAUCAAUUCGAUGGAGCAAAAAACGCUGUAGUUUGUCGUCUGAUUCAUUGCUACAAUUAUCAACAUUAUCAAGACGAAGUGGCGUGAUAACAUCAGAAAGCUUUUUCAAUAGUCGUAGCAAUCGUGGACAUUUGGAACGCAAAAGAAGUAAUCCUUCAGCAACUAAUUCAUCUGAUGGUCUUUCAACGCGUGACACAAGAAGUGGUUCUCUCACCGGAUUUCCCAAGCAAACUACUAAUGAAUUCAAUACACGACAAUUCUUUCCUGAGGCACUUGGAAGUACGAAUUUCAUCGAACAAAACGGACAUAUCAGCUUUAUCGUAUUAUUGAAAGCAAUUCAUUUUGCCAUCGAACGGCGACCCUCCAUUCGAAUUCAUGAAUUGGCAUUAAAUAUUUGUGAAAGUUUGCUGGACAUGCCUGAAACGGAAUUCCAACCAUUUUUCAACGAUUGUAUCAAUAUAGUACUUAGAACUUAUUUAUGGUUAGGUUGUCCACAUGGAUGUAAUGAUGGCUUGCGUUCACAGCAGAGUGAUUUCCUCAGAGUUAAAGCACGCACCGUUCUUGCAGUCAUUUCUCACAUUAAUUCGGAAAUCUUCCGCAAUUUAUUGAUCAGUCGUAUCGAGGAGUAUAAUGCGCAAAUGUUGAUUGACACAUUGCAUUCGAUAACCGGUUUUUGUAAAUGUGGUAUAGUCGCUGGAAUUUAUCGUACACGAAGCGGUUCAUCACCACGUCGUCGAAUUACUGUAUCGGAUUCCUCGUUACCUUCAUAUCAAAAUAAUUUUAACGAAAGUUUGAAAGGAAUUGAAGGAACGGUUAUCAAAGUCAUACUGAAGCCAGCAGUAUCGAAAUUGAUGAACGCAAUGAACGAACUUUUGCAGCCUGAAAAUAUGAGUUUGUAUCAGGAUGUACGGCUAUUUGUAUCAUUUAUUCAAGAACAGCAUGGUAAUUCUUUUCGACGUGUAGGCCUAAGUGCUUUGUUAGAUGGACGACCAUCCGAAAAUCAAAAUCAAUUCCUUGAUGUGAUUGAAUUAAAAUCGGAUAAUAAUAGCGAAGAUGAAAGCAUACGUUCAAGUGCAAGCGGUGCAGCAGUACCUAUACAUAUGCGUGAAUAUGCAUCCUUAAGGAGAGGCUUAUUUAAAAAACGUGAAAAAAUUUCGAAUACUGACGAGAGUGAUUUCGAUUCCUCCCCUUCUACUCCAAGAAAUGUACAAGCAAGUGACGAAGUUACCAUUGCAAGUUUAUCAGCUUCACCUUUACUACCUUCCAACGUUGUAAAGAAGCGAAGUGGUGGCAAACUUCAUUUUGCUUUGAACUUACUAAAAUCAGUACGACUAGACAAUAAUGAUGACAUUGGUUCAGAUGUCGAAAUAAAUGACGAUGAUAAAAGUCAAAAUGGAAUUUUAACACAUGACGAUCAUCGUUCGAAGGGUCUAACCGCACAGAAAUCGCUUUCGUCUAAAAUUCUCAUAUCACAGCAAAAGUCUAUUGAGUCCAUGGAUGAUAAACAAGAUCCAUUGCAUCCAAGACAAAUCUCUUUAACGAAUCUAAAUCUCCCAACACGUAAAUUUGUCAAUUUACGCGGUAUUCAAGAAGGUGUACAACGUUUUUCAUUUUUCCUUGAAACAUGCCGUCCGGGAAGCUAUCCGGAUCCUCCACUUCUAGCCGCAUUGUUGGACUUGAAAUCUCCUGUUCUUGCAAGAGCUUCACUUCUUCUUGAAUGCGCUCUUUUUGUUCAUCGAUGUAAUAAAGGAGAUUGGCCUGAAUGGAUACGUUCAAAUAACGCAUGUCAAUUAAGUGCCUUUGUUGUUGGAAAUGCUUUUGGAAGCCGUGGCACGCCAAGCGCGACGCGUCGCAUGCAUAUGAUGCAACGUGCCGCCGCUCGCUGUUUCUAUGAUUGGGGAUGUCAGCUUGGUGAACGAAUUUAUAAAAUUAUGGAAGCUAGUGGAGCAAUAUUCAAUAAAACUCCGUCCAAAAAGACAGAUUUGAAUCGACGUGAACUUGUCAUACAUGACAAUUUAGAAGAUUUUUUCGAUGAAGGAAUCGUAAAUGAUGAAAGUGGUGAGCGUUGUCCACCAGCGAUUUUAUUUCUGGCAUGUCUUUUACUCAACGAAAUCACUGCCUUCUUGAGAGAAACAUUUCAGACAAUACCACAUUCUCGAGGUAACAAAGGAGCAAGUGGAGGUACAUCAAAUUUUGAUAAGUUAAUGUCAAAUCGACGUUGGUCAAUUCUUUCGAACACGUUUAGCUCACAACAACAGCAGCAAACAGCAAGCAAAGGUGACCGUCGAAUUAGUUUAUCUACCAAUGAAGAAAAUUCAUCACGAAGUUCACAUGAACAUACCGAAGAAGUUGUACAACAAAGUGAUAAAAAAGAUGCUGUUCCGAGUGGUAACGGAUUGAUGCGUUGCACCGAUGGUGAACGUCUUAUUUCGCUAAGCGAUCAACACCUUGCAUGUAAAAAGAGGUCAAGCUAUGAACGAAAAUCUGGGGAAAAGUAUCCACAAGUGAGGCGCUCCCAUACAUUAACCGUUCCAACACAUUCGAUGGCCAUCACUGCAACUGUUUCGAAAUCAGAAACUAAUGGAAAUUUUGUUGUUUUCCUAACAAAAUUGCAAAAUUGUGUCAAUGAGAAGAUAUUAACAUUAAUGAUUCGGCGGGUUGAUAUCACGACUACAUCUUAUUGCUAA